CCAUCUUGUUUCGCAGAUUUUGUUGCGCACAGUUGAAAGUGUCCUUUUACUGUCAUUUUCAAGACAAACUAGUAAAACAAUGACUAACUAUGCAAAGAAAUUAAAGAACGGUGGAGAAAUUCUGUAUUUUAAAAAAUAUACUUAAUGCUUAAAUCCUAUCGUGUCUCGUCUACUGAUGCCUGAGCUCUCCAUGCUGCAAGCAAUAGUGACGUACGGGUUUUGCGUGCUAGCUCAUGGAAAUAAGGAAGAAGGAAUUAGUUUGGUAGGCGGCUUGACAUUUCUAAGCACGUAAUGCGAGUAUACAGAAUAAUUCACACGGACUAGUCAUAGGUAUAUUUUUUUCUUUAUGAAGCAGAAUGGGCUACGCAUUCAUGCAAAACUGAUAUAACGUCAUACUUAAAAUGUAACAAAAAUGAAUAAAGCCAGCAGAAUUUGGACCAUAAAAUAAACAGAACUGAAAAGCAAUAAUUUACAUGCCUAAUUUUGAUUCAGGUGAUACCUCGCUACAAGGAAGUGUUCGUCGUCUCAAAUGAAACAUGGAAAUAUACAUGUAAAAAUGUCUGAAAAAGAAGCGACACAAGAAAAAAAAUGCUCCCACAGGACUGAGCUUUAUAUUGAGGUUCCCCCGACAUGCCUACCAAUUGUCUACUCCCCGGAGUAUAACAUCACAUUUAUGGGCCUUGAGAAGCUGCAUCCAUUUGAUGCUGGGAAAUGGGGGAAGGUCAUUCACUUUCUGAAAGAGGAGCAGUUCAUUACGGAUGGAAACAUCGUGGAGGCCCGGGAGGCUACCGAAGAAGACCUGCUAGUGGUUCACACAAAACGCUACCUGAACAAGCUGAAGAACCAUAUCUUGGAGGGCUCAAGAGAGUGGUCUCUGGUGGUGGCCACCAUCACUGAAAUCCCUCCCCUUCUGUUCCUGCCCAACUUCCUGGUUCAGAGGAAGGUGCUGAGGCCCCUACGUACACAGACUGGUGGGACCAUCAUGGCUGGAAAGCUGGCCAUGGAUCGAGGGUGGGCCAUAAAUGUGGGUGGCGGCUUCCACCACUGCUCCAGCGACAAAGGAGGGGGCUUCUGUGCCUACGCUGACAUCACACUCGCCAUCAAGUUUCUGUUCGAGAGAGUGGAGGGAGUAUCCAAGGCAACCAUCAUCGACCUGGACGCUCAUCAGGGAAAUGGACAUGAACGAGACUUUCUGGAAGACAGGAGAGUCUAUAUAAUGGAUGUCUAUAACCGCUACAUCUAUCCUGGGGAUGGCUAUGCCAAACGGGCCAUAAAGAGGAAGGUGGAGCUGGACUGGGGGACGGAGGACCAGGAGUACCUGCAGAAGGUGGAGCUUCACUCAGAGGGGGCGCUGAACGAGACCCGUCCUGACAUCAUCAUUUACAAUGCAGGGACGGACAUCCUGGAUGGGGACCCGCUGGGGGGGCUGGCCAUCUCCCCACAGGGCAUCGUUAAGAGGGACGAGAUCGUCUUCAGGGCGGCGCGGCGGCACGGGAUCCCCAUCCUCAUGGUGACGUCGGGGGGCUACCAGAAGAAGACCGCGCGCAUCAUCGCGGACUCCAUCCUUAACCUGCACCGGCAGGGUCUGGUAGGGGGAGGGGCCACCGAGGAGGCGGGGCCGUCGCUCGUGCCCCUGAUGAUGAGCAAGUCGGUGUCAGCGGGGGCGCCCCUGUCUGUGCUCUGAUCCAGGCCUCAGGCUUACGCAGUACACAGAGAGGAGUGGCCCUCCGCAUGCUGUUGCUCUUAUUUCUCAUUUGAAAGAAGAGCGACCAAAAGACACCACUCUCUUUGGGGAAUGUGUUUUGAUGUACAGAGGGAAGAGCGGUUUGUUUUGGGCACUGUGCAGGUACAGCGGGGGUUUCUGAGGGGUUUGGUGAGCUUUUCAGGUAUUUAUGUACAGAAUACACUACACACCUCCCACUCAUUCUUUCUGUAGUACUGUGUCAGUGGUGUGGCAGAUUACUCCUGCUCUGUGGAAGCUGUGGCCAUUAGAAAGUGACCACUACACCACUUUAAACUUUUAACAUUAAGCUACCGUAAAAGUGGAUUUACUACUAUUAUUUUUUUGUAACCAUGCUGGUUUUUUUAUGUUUCAUUAAACGAACAACAUGUUUGCACACUUACCGUAACAGUUACUCUAAAAAAUAAUGUCUGUGUGAAAUGUAGAAGGGUACUCUUAAUUCUUCGGCAAUGCCUCGGAUUGUACAUAAUCUGUGAGUUAUUUUAUAUGCUGAUAAAUGGUAACUUAUAUUGUUCUUGACAUAUCAUUGAUUAGCAUUAUUUAUUCUCCAAGAGUUACUAGCUAAUGAAAUGGUUUAUUGAAAUUAAUUUACUCAAAUUGUUUGGAAAUAAUUACACCUUAGUUCAUAUCACAUGGUUUGUUAACUCGUAUAAACACGAUUUAACACAUGGUAUUCUUUUGUGAAAUCACAUUGGUACUUACGAGUAUAGACACCUGGUAAAAAUGAUGUUGGCCCAUCGCAGUCAAUACUAAGUGCUUUAUGCCAGUCAUUGGAUUGUUUUAAAAUGAACUUAUUAGGAGCCUUUUUUCAUGAUUCCAUUUGAACGGAUGAGAUUGAAUUCAUCAGUUUCAAUAGCUGUACACUGAAAACAUGGACAGUUUUUCAAGGUAUGGAAUUGAACCUUAAACCUGAAAUCAACUUGAGUAACGGAAAGUUAAAUUAAGAUUUAUGAGCUAAUGUUGCCCAGGCAGAUGAUUACAUUGUACGCCUUGGUUAUUAAUGUUUAUGCAUUUUUUUUUGUUAUCUGAGUUGUAGUACUGCUGUAGUACACUUUUUAAAACAACACCUUUUGAAAUGAUUACAGUUCUCUUUCACAGAAUUCUUACGAGAUACAGUUAAUCAAACUUAAUAAGAGAGUACCGCUUCGUGCACGUCUGCUGUUGUAGAAACCUGUUUUAAAAGCACUUUGUAAUUUACAGAGACAUUCUUUAAGCCUUGUUUUGAGUUUGGCACUGAGCUGUCAUUUUUACUUCUGGUUGGAAUGUUAGUGGACAAAGUCAGUAUUUUGACUAAUACAGCAAACAGAUUUUAUAACAGCCAUUAGCUUAUCUUUUAAAUUACUGGUGGCAGAUUUUUCACACACACUUUAAUUCUGUCUCAUGCAGUAUGUUAGUCAAGUUUUGCUUUUGAUCUGUCAUGUGAAGCAGAUGAAAACAGGAAAACAAAAUGCAGUUUUUCUCUGUGUUUUUGGUACAGUAGUUAGUAGUAAGGCCGUUAGAGUAGAGCAGAGUUUUCAUGUAAAGCUCUCAAGCCAUUUUCACUAUGGAUUUGUUUUUAUUUCUUAUAACCUCACCUGAUUUUGUAUGUGGCAAAAUGGACAGUAUUAAAUAUGGAAAUAUGCCUGUUUUAAAUUGGUGUGAACUACCAUUAGCUGCUUUCUGGACAGACUUUACCAUAAAUAAUUUACCAUAAGCUCCCUUGGUGUCAGAAGUAGUUGUUUACUGUACAGAAGUAGAUCUUGCUAUGUACAUCCUUUUUCUUACUUAUAUAGUUAAACUUUUAUGAACAUUACUUCUCAGCUUUCAUUAUUGUUUUCCCCUUAAGUUGUGCUUCAAGGAAAUUUUAAAUCUUCUUUGAAUCUACAGUGGCCCCUUAAUAACUAGAGUAGGUUUAACCCACUUGGCACAUACACACACACACGCACACACAGGCGUACGCACACACACAGACACACACAAGCUCACACAAACGCACAGACACACACACGCACAGGUACAUACAUGCACACACAGAGACACUCAGACACACACACAAACACACCGGCACGCACAUGCACACACACAGGCACACACACACACAUUCACUCUCUCUCUCUCUCUCUUGCUCUCUCUCUUUCCCUCUGAAAAAUAAUUUCAGGUCAUUUACUGGGGAGAAAUAAAUGACAGGUGUGCAUUCCUUUCAGGUCACGUUUGUGCUUUUCCCAGUCAAGCUUUUCUUGGCAUCUGCUUCAGACGUAUCUGCUUUGAGAGGAGGAAAAUUAAUGGAGAAAGUCCAUGCGUGUGGACUGGCAAACCGCAAACAGUGUGCUGGAGACAAAGGGAAAUGAAAUGAGCAUUUGAAGACAGAAACUCUGUAGGGUGCUAACAGGGUAAGAAAAGUGAUCUUGAGAACUUGAAAGUAAUGAAGGCGCUGUUGACUUCUGUGGUUUGUUUCUGUUAUUUAUUUGGGAAAUGGAUUUUCAGUAUUUUAUAGCCUUGAACAAUUUGCAUUGCAUUUGUCUCUUUUGCUUGUGGGGACUUAUUGUCAAUCUGCUGAAAGGGUUUCCUUUUUAUUUUCCCCAUGGGAAUGGCCCAUGUACUGUAUCCCUGGAGAGGACGAUGGAAGUUAGAAGUUAGACGAAAUUGCCCUAUGGGGCAUAUUUGAUGAUAAAAAAGAACAGCACAGAUAGUAUGGCUUCAUAUCCCAAGAACUGUUCUGAUUAAUUUAUAAUGAAAUUCUGAAAAAAGGCAUAUCCACAGUGUCUGUGCUAAUUAGUGAGAUCUUUGAUGUUAAGCGCUCCGUUUGAAGUACGGUGACUGGAUUAACAAACACUUCCAGUAAUAGCAGUGGGGGCUGAGACUGAUUAUGCUUUGUGCAUUAGUGAGAUUCACAUUUACAAUGGAUCGCUCUGUGCUCCUCGGUUGUAACACACCAGGUCUCUGUAAUUGUUAAUACUGAUAGUAGUGUGUACAAAAGUGCCAUACAUAAUGUCAACUGUAUGAUUCAGGAUUCUCAGUCGUGAUGUGUGUACUUUAUAUUUAACAGAACUUCCAUGUACAAAUAAUGUGAUUAAUAAAAUAACUGAACCAA